UUUUUUUUUCUUUUUUUCUUCUUCUUCUUCUUCUUCUUCUUUAGGAUCUUCCAUCAAUCCUAACCCAAAAGCUCCUUCCUUCCAAUUCGAUUUUGUAUAUUUCCCUUUGUGUUGUGUUUCAAAAAGAAAAAAACCUUAGAAUAUAUGUUUUUUUCGUUUUGUUCUGUAUAUAUAUAUAUAUUUAUCUAAUUUUUUUGUAAAUAACUUUUGUGAAUGGUUGGUUUUCAUUUUCCCCUUGAGAAACCUUCAACAUCGCUGACCAGAGAAAUAAAAAAGACACAAUUUUUCUGUAAAAAAAUUGAAAAAAUCCCCCUAACCCCACUAUUUCAUCUGCGUUAGUUUCAAUUUUUUUCUGUGCCAUUCAAGCCUUUUUAAGGCUUGUUUUGGUCACAUUUCAUGGCUACCGGUGGCUGGUGUGGUUUAGGCCCUUUGUUGUUUCGUAAGAAGGCUUAUGGACUCGAGACUCAUUCUUCUCUUCCCUUUUCCAUCUGUCCUUUGGGGAAGUGGGUUUGCUUAAAAAAGACAAUGAAAAGCUCUUCUUACGUGUUCUCCAAGUCAUACACUAAGAAGCCAAAGCCAUCCAAAGCUGCUAGAAGUAAGAAGUCUUCAAGAUGCAAAGAUAAUUUUGUUCAAAUGAUGGAACUGCGGAAGAAAAUCGUGAUUCUCAGAGAUAUCAUUGAUUUACCUCCUUUAGAACGCUCUGCUUCUAUAAAUGAGCUGGUGGUGGGAACGAUGGAAGAUCUUCAAAAGCUUUAUCCCGAAAUCAUUUCGGUUAUCCAAUAUUCCGAAAUGAAGAUGACAUGUAUCGAACAGAAUCUUGCCCAUUUCUGCACUGCACUGAAAUCAAUUGGUGAAUCGUGGAUGCUGAACCAUGAAUGGAGGGACAAAUCGAAAUAUAAUUUGUCAUCAUAUCAGGAAAACGCCAGCUUCAAAGAAAUUGUUGAAUCUGUGUUGGCUAUUAUUGAUUGCAUCGUUAGUAUGGCCAACGAAAGGUUUGAUGUGAUGGACGAAUUUGUUAAUUCAAAGGACUCCUCUUAUUCAAGAACUAGUUCCUUCGGUAAGAGCUCGAGCUCGACGGAUUCCUGCUCUGAAACCAAUAGCUCUUGUUGCUCUUCUCCGGAAACUCCGACAUCCGUUCUUACAAACUUUCGCAACAGUGAAAGAAAAUCAUCUGAAAAGGAGAAAGUCUCUUGUAGUUCUCCCCUAUUGUGGUCUCUUAGAGUUCAAGCAGUGGAAAAACUGAACCCCAUUGAUGUGAAGCACCUUUUGCUUCCUAGGUUGUCUCACUGUGGAGUUAAUGUCUGCCCCGCCCCGACCGCAGUGGCGAUCGUUGAGGAAUCAAUGAUGGAUGUAGAUGACAAGCUCACCUCUGUAAACACUGAUGCUGCUGAUGCAAAUGAAGAAAUGGAAGUGUGUGAUGUUAAAGAAGAGAAGGAUUUGAGCUGGGAAGCUAGCCAAGAGGCAGAUGGAAAUGAAGAACUUGAAGUGAGUGAUAUCAAAGAAGAGAAGUUGAAUUUGAGCAGAGCAAACAGCCAAAAGGAUAUUGCUGAGAGAACUGAUGAUUUUGUUUCCCAAGUUGCUGCAACUGUUCAAGAAGUGCCUGCAUCGGAAUUACCAAAUGUUGUAUCAAAGCCAUUACCGCCUCUACCCGUGGUGGCUCCCCCUCCCCUGGCACCGCCUGCACGUGCUCCGCAACCCUCUGUAGUCAUCCUGCAACUGCCAACACCACCAGCAUUUCCUCCACCUCCACCACCUCCACCACCACCAAUGAUGCAACAAAGUGCAGUAUUCGCUCAACAACUUUCACAGCCACCUCCUCCACUACCGCCACCAAUGAUGCAACAAAAUGAAGUAUUAGCACUUUCACAGCCACCUCCUCCUCCACCACCACCAAUGAUGCAACGAAAUGAAGUAUUAGCACUUUCACAGCCACCUCCACCACCACCAAUGAUGCAACAAAAUGAAGUAUUAGCACUUUCACAGCCACCUCCUCCACCACCACCAAUGAUGCAACAAAAUGAAGUAUUAGCACUUUCACAGCCACCUCCUCCUCCACCACCACCAAUGAUUCAACAAAAUGAAGUAUUGGCUCAACAAAUUCCACAGCCACCUGCUCCACCAUCACCACCACCAAUGAUGCAACAAAAUGCAGCAUUGGCUCAACAACUUUCACAGCCACCUCCUCCACCACCUUUGCCUCAGAUGAAAGAACAGCCUGCUGCAGCAGCAGCGCCUGUUGCGCCUCCUCCACCCCCACAAUUGUUAAAGGUAAUCGAAACGGUGAUCAAAGUUGGCGUACCACCACCACCACCACCACCAUCAAACGUUACUGGAACAACGGUGAGAGCAGGCAUACCGCCACCUCCACCAAUGGCACCCUCGAACGGGGGUGCAGCUCCAGCACCCCCUCCUCCAAUGGCCCAAGGCAAUGGCUUUGCUCCACCACCACCUCCUCCAGGUGGUGCACUUCGAUCCUUGCGCCCCAAGAAGACCUCUACUAAACUGAAGAGAUCUCAUCAAUUGGGAAAUCUUUACCGGACACUCAAAGGGAAGGUGGAGGGAUCCAACCAAAAUCUUAAAUCGGCUAACGGAAGAAAAGGCAGCGUCGGGAGCAGUACCGGAGGAAAACAAGGAAUGGCUGACGCAUUGGCAGAGAUGACAAAAAGAUCAGCAUACUUUCAGCAAAUUGAAGAUGACGUUAAAAAACACGCAAAAUCAAUCACAGAGCUUAAAUCUUCCAUUUCAUCUUUCCAGUCAUCAGACAUGAACGACGUACUCAUUUUCCAUAAGCAAGUGGAAUCAGUACUAGAGAAUUUAACUGAUGAAUCACAGGUACUAGCAAGAUUUGAAGGAUUUCCUACAAAAAAGUUGGAAACUAUGAGAAUCGCAACAGCUUUAUAUUUAAAGUUAGAUGCAAUUGUUCAUCAACUACAGAAUUGGAAGUUUGUUUCUCCCAUGGGACAGCUUCUCGACCGAGUUGAAAGUUACUUCUCUAAGAUCAAAGGAGAAGUUGAUGCACUCGAACGAACCAAGGACGAAGAAUCAAAGAGAUUCCGGAGUCAUGGUAUUCAAUUUGAUUUCAGUGUCUUAAUACGGAUCAAGGAAUCAAUGGUGGAUGUUUCUUCCAGCUGCAUGGAGUUGGCUCUGAAGGAAAAGAGAGAGUUGAAAGCAGCAGCAGCAGAGAAGACACAAAAUGGAGGCCGGUCCGAAAAUUCGAAUAAGGCAUAUUCUAAGAUGCUAUGGAGGGCAUUUCAAUUCGCAUACCGAGUUUACACGUUUGCCGGUGGACACGACGACCGUGCUGAUAGGCUGACCAGAGAAUUGGCUCUAGAAAUAGAGAGUGAAUCUCUUCACCUAUGAUUCUCUCCUAUCUCUUUUGAAGUUGUUUUCCUCUCCUUUCUUCUUCUUUUUGGAUGCAAGAGAAAAAAAGAAAAAAAAAAUUAAAAACACUGAACCAUGUGAGAUCAGUGGUUGGUUUUACACCAUAUCUAGCAUUUUACUGUGUGGAAUGGUAUAUUUGAGUAAUGUUUGGCACUUAUGUUGAAUUGCUUAACCUUUUUUCCUC